AUGGUGGUCUCUACACCUCAAUCUGAAUCUCAGUCUCAGCCUCUUUCUGCCGAAGAAGAAGUGGUUAAGAGAAAUACCGAUUGCAUUUAUUUUCUAGCUUCUCCUUUAACCUGCAAAAAGACAGUGAAAGGGAAAGAUAGUGGCAAUCCAGUAAAGGCCUUUUAUGAAGGCUAUAUUGGAAAUGAGUGUGAGUAUCGCCAUAGUGACAUCGCACGGGUAAAUCCGAGGGACUGUUAUUUCUGGGUGCAUGGUAACUGUUUAAACCCAAAAUGUGGUUUUCGACAUCCGCCACUCGAUGAGCUGCUGGGAACACAAGCGCCAACGUCCAAUGCGUCCUCUGCACCCAUAUCCCAAACUGUAGUGGCCUCUGCCCCACACGUCUCAAAUGCCUCCGCCAAACCAGGCGUGCCUUGCAUAUUUUUCCAAAAAGGAUACUGUCUAAAAGGUGACUGGUGUCCAUUUCUGCACACGCCAAAUUCUUCAAGUAACAAACCCUCAAUGGUCCCAGUUACAGCUCCUCCUGCUGACAAGAAUAUUUUAAGCGGACCACCUGGGAAGCCCUUAACUGAGCCACCCGCAAAUGUCGCCAAAUCUGUCAACGAUCCUGCAGUGGCAAACUCGUCUCUCCAUAGAAAUGAAUCUGCCAUUAGCAUGAGAGCAGCCGCACAAACAUCUGGUGCGACCGAUCUGCACCGGUACAGCAACACAAACAGUAAGGACAAGGAUGAGAUUUCAAGGGAACCCUCUCCCGGUUUUGACGUCCUCGUGGAUGACGAUUUGAGAAGCUCCGACUACUACCCGGGUGAUGAUGGAUUUGGGCUGUCCAGAGACCAUGAUGCCCCAAACGAGUAUGAUACCAUUGCCGAUGAAGAAAUGCAUCUAGAUGAGCGGUUGUCGGGAGGGCAUCACGUCGAAUACGGGACUACUGACCGAGUUGAUGAGCUGGACCUAAGGCACCGUCUGGCCAAGCACAAGAAACCCAAUGGGUUUAAGUCUGCCAUCAGCAAUGAAAACGCGAUCAGCAGCCGCCUUAGAGGGAGAAUUGGUCUUCCGAAGAGGUCACCAUCUCCAAUCAACAGGCACCGUGGUAGGCUGUUGAUCCGUGGAAGGGCAGACGAAGGUUUUAACAAUGGGUCAUACGCUGUGGCUGAAGAUAGCAUCUAUUUUGCUGGCCCGAAAAGUCUUUCGGAAUUGAGGAAGAGGAAGAAUGUUGAAAUCGGUAGGAAGAGCAUAACCGAUCAACAGUCACUCGGCAAGAGAAAACACACGCACCAGAAAAGUGAAAACGACCUGUCAUUCGAAGGGCCCAAGCCUCUGGAGGAGAUUCUCAAGCGCAAGAGGGGUGGGACGAGUCAGGAUGCGCCCAAUGGCCAGGGUCUUGAGAAGGGCAGAAUUCAACAAGAGAUAAAGGAUGUGACUGCCAGUAUUGAGAUUUAUGAAUCCACCACGUCAGCUCACAAGGGAGAAGCCGAAGAUGGCGCGCUUGAUCAGCAACUUGAAGUAGAUGGGUAUGAGCCGAGGGAGGGGGAGGGGGAUUACGAGCAGGUGGGGGGUGAGGAUUAUGACAUCUAUGAAGGAGAUAACAGGGACUAUGCGGAUGAGGAGGACGAUGAUGAUUUUGCCAAGAAGAUGGGAGUUGUGUACUCUUGA